ACAGCGAGCCUGGGGCAGCGACUCCAGCUCUCGGCGACCGGCAGGCAGCAGGAGGGAGUGCAGGAGACUGGGCCCGGCCCAGGCCUAGGCCGAGGCCGAGGGAGGAUGCCCCGAGAGCGCAGGGGAGCAGAGGGAUCGACCGGGCCACGGCCUGAGUCGCUGCCCAUUUGGCGGCACAGGGAGCAGCUGGUCCAGGCGGUCAGGGACCACCCGUUCCUCAUCGUGAGCGGAGAGACAGGCAGCGGGAAAAGCACUCAGCUCCCGCAGUUUCUGCAUUGCGCAGGACUCGGACGGUGUGGGCUGAUUGGGGUGACGCAGCCCCGGCGAGUGGCUGCCAUUUCGGUGGCCCUGAGAGUGGCUGAGGAGAUGGGCUGUAACCCGGGGCGGACAGUGGGUUACCAGGUGCGCUUCGACGACUGCACCUCUGAGGACACUACAAUAAAGUACAUGACUGAUGGCUGCUUGUUGCGAGAAAUUCUUCAUGACCCAGGCCUCAAUCGGUACAGUGUUGUUGUUCUGGAUGAGGCCCAUGAGAGAAGCCUCAGCACUGACAUUCUCUUCGGCUUGCUCAAAUCCCUGUCGGCACUGAGCACGACACCAUCUGUGCGCGAGGUUCCCUUGAAGGUGGUGGUGAUGUCAGCCACGCUGGAGACAGAAAAACUCUCAGAAUUCCUCUACGGCUGCCCCAUCUUCCACGUGUCGGGCAGGACUUAUCCAGUCAAGGAAUUAUUCUGUGACUUGAUUGGACCUAAGGAUAAACUUGGCAUGGGAUUAGUUAAAGAGGUUGUUAGUGUCACUUUGGACAUACACAUGAAUGAGUCAGAGGGAGACAUCCUGGUGUUUUUGACAGGGCAGUCUGAGAUUGAGCGGGCGUGUGACUCGCUUUUCCAGAAAGGAGAAUCCAUUGAUUAUCAAUAUGAUGUGAGAGAUGGAUCGGUUGAAGGAUUGCUCAUCCUGCCCCUCUAUGGCUCCAUGUCAACAGAUCAGCAAAGAAAGGUUUUCCUUCCUGCACCACAUCACAUCAGGAAAUGCAUUGUUGCUACUAAUAUAGCAGCCACUUCUUUGACUAUUGACAGAAUAAGGUAUGUUGUAGAUUGUGGCUUCGUGAAGCAGCUGAAUCACAAUCCACUUGUUGGACUAGACGUACUGGAGGUUGUUCCUAUUUCAAAAAGUGAAGCCACGCAGCGGACUGGAAGAGCUGGACGAACGUCUGCUGGAAAAUGCUACAGGAUCUACAGCAAAGAAUUCUGGGAGAAGUGCAUGCCAGAUCACAUGGUCCCGGAGAUCCAGAGAGCUAGUCUCACAUCGGUCAUCCUUACCCUGAAGUGCCUUGGUGUGAACAACGUGAUUGGGUUCCCGUAUGUGGAUAGCCCAGAGGAGAGGCACAUCCUGGAGGCGCUGAAACAGCUUUACCAGAAUGACGCCAUUGACAGGGCAGGUCACGUGACCAAACUUGGGCGGCUGAUGGUGGAGCUUCCCCUCCCACCAUCUUUGACGCGGGCUCUGAUAAAAGCCGCAGCGGUGGGCUGUGAGUGCCUUUUGCUUCCAGUGGCUGCGAUGCUCUCUGUAGAAAAUGUGUUCAUUCGCCCAGGGAAACCAGACAAGCAGAAGGAAGCUGAGCUGAGGCACCAGGAGCUGGCUCAGGAAGCAGGAGGCAGCAACGACUUUUUGACAUUACUCAGCAUCUUCGAGAAAUGCAAGACAAGUGACUCCCCGUCGUCUUGGUGCCAAAAAUACUGGAUCCACUGGCGGGCGAUAAAGAUGGCGUUUAACGUGGAGACCCAGCUCCAAGAGAUACUGAAGAAAAUGAAACAGAGAAAGGACUUUCCAACAGAGACGUACACUGGCUCCAAGUCUGAGCUAUUGAGGAGAUGUUUGUGUACUGGGUACUUCUCCAAUGUGGCCAGAAGAUCUGUCAGUAAAACGUUUCACACAAUGGAUGGACAUGGAUCUGUUGUUCACAUUCACCCAUCCUCCGUGCUGUUUGAUCAAGAGACCCAGCUGGAUUGGAUUAUUUUUCAUGAUGUUAUGGCCACAUCCAAGAUUUACAUGCGGACUCUGUGCCCGAUUCGUUACGAGUGGGUGAAGGAUCUGCUGCCCAAGUUGCAUGAAGUUGAUGUGUACCAGCUGAGUAGUGUAGCGAGGAAUGAGAUGACCACAGAUAUGGCUGGACAGAGUCAAAACAAACACCAGGCCAAGAGAGUGUCUGAACAAGCUCGGGAAGAUGCUCUGAGGAAGCUGGAAAAGAGGAAUGAUGAGACGUCCAUAUCAGAUGCUCGAGCUCGAUACCUUCAGCGCAAGAUGGAUAAGUCGCAGAACUGGGCGGGGCAGUGAAGGUGCAGAAGAGAUGGGAGGAAAUGAUGACUGCAUAGGAACCCAUCCCAAUAUCAGGAAUGAAUGGUAUUCAAGGUCCACAGAUAUUAGAGAGAAUAUUGAUUAUCUGCAGGGACAAAUGUCGUCUCUCUGAGCCAUUGUACACACGGAGUUGAGUCGAAGUGCUGGUGGGGUUAGAGUGGUGGCCAA